AUGCAUGCGGGGUUUCCUUUCCUUCCUUCUCUCACUAAAAACGAGAAAAUGGAAAGUUCCCAGGAUGCUCGCUCAGAGUAAGUAAUCUGUGCAAUGAUCAUAGAAGUAAUCAGUCGUUUCUUUGGACCAUAAUUCACACGAUUAGUCCUGAUUUUUCGAUUGUUGUUCUCUGUUUGUGGGUCAUGUGUUUUAAGUCUGUUUAAAAUUUGUUUCCUUGGAAGGAGAGAAGAGAAUCUACAUUCGAUAAUUUCCAAGAUAGCUGAUGGUGCACAUAACAUUCAUGAAUCGGGACUGGUAAGUGCAUAGUACAGUACAACUCUUCCUGUUACGUUUGAUAAAAGUUCGAUCUUUCGUUCUGCAAGUUAUUUCGAGCUCCUUCGUGAAGAACUCAUGGUUCUGAGGAAUCACCCAAAGUUCCUGUAUUGUGAUUUCCAAUAAUCACUGAAAGAACUAUUGAAUCAAUCGAACAACCAAUGCUUCUGCAUUAAAACUUAAAAGGCGACUUGAUUUUUCGAUUAUGUCCCUUAUCAGGUAAAUCAAGCGGAAUAGUAACAGUUUGCAAGCGUUUAGCGUGACUCAAUUUUUAACUGAUAUUGCGUGACAUUUUCGUUGUUGCUAAGGAAAGGGAGCCUUGUUCCAAAUACUGCAAGGUUUAUGGCGGAAAUGUCCUCUGAGAAUGGUUCCUUACCAUUGCUGUACAUAAAAGAAGUGUUGUGCUGGUUAAGUUGUCAUUUCUCUCGAGGUUUUACGUCCAUCUACAUGUUUAAAAAUAAAGGGGGUGAGUUUCUAAAGAAACUGUGGUGCGGUAAAAGUGGUAAAAGUAAAUUGGCCACUAUAAAGAGUUAAAUGGGUGUGUUUCGAGCAUUAGCCCUUUGUCAGAGCAAUUGGGGGAAUUGUGGGUUCUAUGUGGGUUUAAAUCCAGAAAAUGGAGCUACACUAUUGGUGGGAAUAUGGUGACGAGAAAACAAGAAUAAAUUAGUUGAAUGAAAAGUGCUUGUUGAUACCGUGGAUUAAGAGUUCUGAUUUGGAAGAUAAAUUUUUGUUCUAAAGUUUUGCAGGUUUCCAAACUGCCUACAUGUAGAGAAAGCUGUAAAACUUUAGAGCAAAAAUUUAUCUUCCAAAUUGGCACUCUUAAACCCCACAGUAUCAACGAGGGCUUUUCAUUCAACUAAUUUAUCCUUGUUUUAUUGUUACCAUAUUCUCACCAAUAGAGUAGCUCCAUUUUCUGGAAUGAACCCACACACAACCCACAAUUCCUCCAAUUGCUCUAAACUAAUGCUUGAAACAUCACUCUUUUAACUCUUUACGGUGGCCAAUUUUCAUUUUGAACUCAGUUGUUAGCACUAAAUUGCAUGUUUAAAAACCAACUUUCCUAAUUCAAAUCAGUUGGAGAAAAGCACCUUGUCAAUGCCAUUAUCUAUUUUUUCAUCUAUUUAAUACCAAUGCUGUUUGAAAAUUAAUAAUUUGAUUUUUUUUGCUCCAUCUUCAUGACCAUUGUAGUUAUACAGAUUUUAUGAUUUUAUUAUGUACUUUUUUGUAUAUUUUUGUCCUUUUUUUUUUAAGGAUGAAAGUGAUUUUCUGAUCGUGUCGAGUGAACACAGAAGUUUCAAAAGGUAAUGACUAAGAAAGUUUUUUUUUUGUAUUAUUGCAAUCUGUAGCUUAUAAUUUUAUUGCACUUUAGUCUACUUUCAAAGUCGUGUCAUUGUUUUCAUCAGUGGGAAGAAUUUUGGACCUUUUCUGUCUUGAUCCCAGUAUGAUUACCAUACAUUUAAUGUAUGCAUCGUGAAGGAAUUGAGUUUCAUAUCUAGGCAAUUACUGGUCAAUUUGUCAAUAGCCUAAAAUAAUUUCACAAUUGAUGUGAAAAGAAUCAAACUAUGCACUUAACAUACAGAGUGUACAUUGGCAUAAAAAGAUUUAACCCCCACAACACCUCAGGAGUGUUCAGAAUGGAAUUGCUCCUUACAUUAUGGAUACUUGUGAAGCAAAAGGGUAAACAAGCAAAGCAUUUCAUCUUAAGGGCAACGACCUAUUUAACAUUAAACUCUUUAGUGAUAAUAUAGAGAAUUGAUAUAUCGAUCCUGGGAGUGAAAGGACUUAACAGUGACACGUUGAAGUUUAUGAGUACCUUUAAAAAAAAUACCAAGAGGACAAAAAUAGUUGCUAGGAUUUUUAAUUUUGUUUCACCAUCACCAAAUGAAUGGCCUGUUCCAGAUGUUCAAUUACCAGUAGUAAAAUAGAGUGAAAUAGUAAAUGGCAUGACAGUAGUGGUGGAGCAAAAAAAGUGGAAGGCUUGGGUUGGACUGUUUAAAAGAAGGAAUUUUGGAUCACACACAAUUUUUACUAUUGUGCUAUUUACUGUUUUGCUCUGAUUUACUAAGUGAAGGCCUAGGACAGUCUAUGAAUGUCUGUGUUUUGUAACACACUUUUCUGGUUUUUCAGAAAACUUGAGCAGAAUGAAGAAAGCAGAAAAAUUACAAAAGGUGACCUGGAUUCAGGGGUCAAAUUCAUCACUGAUGAGAUCAAGCCAGAUAUUGACGCCAUGGCUGUGCAGAUCUUUUCUGAGCUACCAGAAGAGAAUCCUUUCAGGCUUGCGGAUGCAGUACCUGAACAAGAUCUUAUUCAUCCACCAACAGAACCUGUCUAUCAGCAGUUAACCCUGGAGGAUCCAAGCAGUGAAGUAAGAGAGGCAUUGGAAGGUAAUCUGGGAACAAGUCUUGUUGUAGUUGUUUUUGGGGCUCUUCCUGAAUGAUUUUCCCAAAAUAAGUAAUUACUAAGCACUGAGUUCACAAAAGCAAUAUAGUAAGGGGACUGUGGAGAAAAUGGGGGCCCAAAUUUGUAAACAACUCCCCAACCCUUUUGAUGUGGUAAUUAUGACAAUCACAGCAUAAAAUUGGCUCAGUCAAACAUUUGGGGUUGGUUGUUUACACAAGGUCCAUCCCAAACAGCAGUCUUACAUAAUCAGUGGGCCUGAGGCCUUCUCCAUAAGAGGGUUGAUUUAAUUAAACAAAUUUCCUUCCACCAUAAGCUUUCAGCCCUCUUGAUACUUUUCACAAAAAUAAUGUUCAGAUAAAAAGUACAGCUAAAUUGAGGAUUGUUUAGGGUGCAAACUUGUUAAACCUUUCACUCCCAAGAUCUCAUUAGUAAUUCUCCUUACUGUCUGCCAUUCUGCCAUGCAGUUCUUGUUAUGUUAGUUUGGAGAAUUUGUUAUUGGAUCAACUUAUAAUCCCUUGACUGAUAUUUUUCUUUAUUCUCAUCACUCGCCUUCUUGACAUUGUAUUGAUAUUGUAAGGAAAAAUUAUGUUUGGGUCACUCAUGGGGGUUAAAAAGUGACCAGAUCAAUCCCAAUGACCGGCUCCUAGUCUUUUGAUCUUUUCAUAAACUAUUUCAUUACGAUUGUUCAGGGAUUUAAAAAAAACUGUUGACUGCCAGAAUCCUGUUGGCUACCUGAUAAUAUGUCACUGCUUACUCUGGUCAAAAUAAAUACCUUUUGGCCUUUAAGGAACUUUUCAUAAUCACCUACUUUUGGUGAGUCUGAUGCCUACAUGAAAACACUUUGUGUGAUAGUAGUAAACCAUAGUAUCAUUUUGCAUCAUAUCACUUUGAGACAAACUGCUAAGUUAUGUUUUGUCUUAUUUCAGACCCAUUAGAUGAUGUUGGAGUAGCCUCUGAUGCUAGUAGUCCUGUACCAAUGCCACAGAUGGCUCUUGGUUUGAUGCCAACACCCAAUAUAACACCUCCUCAGGAAGUGACCACUGAACAGAUCCACUUGCAGUUUCAAAAGAAACUUGAAGAACUUGAACAGCAGGUAAGGAGUUAAAAAAAAUAAAGCAAAGUCUAAUUUGGAACAUGUUGUAGCCAGAAAAAUUUUUUGAGUUCCCCUUUGGUUUUGAAUUAUUGAAAAGUUCCUUUGUUUUUGUCAUACAAUUUACCAAUUUGAUCAAACAAUUUGGUUAUACUGGCAGAGGUUUGUCAAAGAAAAAUGUGGGUCACUGUGCAAGUAUUCUUUUCUUCCAAAUGCUUAACCCAUUGUCAAGGCAUCUGUUAGCCACAGUUCAUCUGAAGAAUGCCCAUGCUGAAUGUUAUCUCAGUUCAUUGGACCAUUCAUCUGGAGCUUUCUCACAUAACUGAAAGUUCAAUAACCAGCCACCUCAUUGCCUGUCCUUACUUUUUCUUGAUGGGAUGUUGCAGCACCAACUAAUACAAUCCACAGCUUUAUUUUAUUUGAUCUGCAGUGUUAUCCGAUUGUAUCAGAACCUAUAAAUUUAAAUUAUUUUUACUGAUUGCAGCAAAAGAAAAAAGGGGGGAAAGAGGUUUCCACAAAUAUUCUUUCUGUCACAAAAGCAAAAUUGCCAGAGUACCUAUGUAGUCAGGGGCCAAACCAUUUCUAACUUUGUACAUUGAAAUUACAAUCUCUUGAAGCCUCCUAUUGUAGAGAGAAGGCAAGUUUACACUGCGUAGAAGAUCUUCGUGAGUGUCCGUCCUACAAUUGUAAAUUUCUCUUAAAGCGCGUUCUUGUAGUCUCUUUCAUUGUUAUUUUCCAUCGUUUCAGGUCAAGGUCCUUCAAAACCGAAAUCUCGCCUUGGAGGAAUCAUACAAGAAGCUGUCUGACCUCGUGGAAGCCCAAAACCAUCUACUUGCAAGCGGGGGACCAUUCAUCCAACGGUUGGCACCGGCCACUCCUCAGGAAACCUUGGCCGAUACCACUGCAAAGACAGAGACUCCAGAAGCACCUCCGUUACCCAACGUUCCUUUUGUAAGUGAAAAGACUUUAUUCUCCAACUCACAACAGCUUCACAGGAGCGGUCUGCGCAGCUAUGAGCUUCCAAGGAGGGUGUCGGCGAAGGAAGUACUCAACCUUUGGGAGCAUGGCUGUGAGGAGUUCCCCCCUCUGAAAGAUUGGACUCCCACACAAAAACUAAAGCAACAGAGCAAGAUAUCUCGGUGGAAAAAGCUCGUUGAUAUCUUCAAGCUUCAUUAUCAUGGUGAUAUGAAGAAAUUCGAAGAAAGUUUCUCGGACAACAAAGGGGAAAUUCUGCCGGUGACAACCAUCCUGUCGUUGUACGAAACUCAGCAGACUCCGGCCUUUCUUGGUAAAAACAAUUCCGACCACGAGGGAGCGGCGGCUUUUAGCAAAGAGAAGGUUGAUGCCCAAGAUGUGGAUGAAGACUUCAAGAAGGAGAUACAGAAAUCUGUAGAUUCCGAACUAGAAGAUUACGAAGGUACUGAUGUCAACAGAGAACCUACGAAAGUAGGAGAGGACAACAGCAUGGCACAACCGUCAGCUGAAGUACGUUACUUUCUCCCGAGGAAGGUGACGCCAAAUGAUAUUGUGCGCCUCUGGGAGGAAGGUUGCGAGGAGUUCCCUCCGGUUUGUCAGUGGUCACGCGCUCAGAAAAUCGGUCAAGAGACUAAAAUAUUCCGAUGGCGUAAAAUUGCUGAAAUCUUUAAUAAGGACUGCAACAGGAACUGGGACACCUUCUAUGCUAAGUAUUCAAAUGACCGCGGGCAUCUUCUGGCCAUUUCAUCGAUCAUUGCAAAGUACGAUGCGGAAAACGCAACUACAGGGCCUAUUUUUGACAUCCCCGAAGCCCGAAGCAGAUUAAGUACAUCAGUUGAUGAACAAGACGAAACUGAAAGCGGAGAAAUGUCACCCAGUGCUGCCCCAUCUAAUGGCGCGAGUGGCGUUAAGUUGGAAAGCUUGAGCCCCGGCGAAGGUAGCAGUCAUAUUUUACCUCGCAAAGUCACUGCCAAGGAUAUUAUCAAGCUGUGGGAGACUGGGUACGGUGAUCUACCGCCUCUCCACAAGUGGACGCCCGCACAGAAGGCAGGACAGCGCAGCAAGUUUUCGCGCUGGACUAAAAUAUAUGACAUAUACAAAUAUCACUGCAAAGGAGACUUGAGUUUAUUUGAGUCAAAAUUCUCGGACGAGCGCGGCGAGCUAUAUCCCGUCACCACGAUUGUUGCCAUGUUUGAUGCCUGGGAGUCACCGUCAAGCCUGUCUAGUCCUUUUGCCGUUGCGCUUCCCGGUCAGAAAACUGGAGAAGGGACUGAGAGUGAGAUUUAUCAACUCCCGCGUAAAGUGACUGCCAAGGAUGUAGUGCAGCUAUGGGAGGAAGGCUGCGAACUUUUUCCGCCGGUUAAUAAAUGGCCGAAAAUCCACAAAGUAGGACAUGAAACAAAACUCUUUCGCUGGAAGAAAAUCGUGGACAUCUUUCGAAAGGAUUGUGGCGGAAGUUGGGAAAAGUUCGAAGAAAGAUUUAGCAACGCCAAAGGUGAACUGUUGCCCAUUUCCGCAAUUUUGUCUAAAUACGAUUUAGAAAACGAGCCUCCAUCGUAUUUGCCAAAACAUUUUGCGUCCGCUCUGAAUAAUUCUGGCAUGGUACCAAAGGACGAGGUUGGCGAACAGAACGUUGAGUUACAAGACCAAGAACACGAUAAAGUAAUAGGUAGUGACUCAGAAAUCCUAGAAGGUGACGGAACUUCUACGAAAAAGGGUUCGGAUUUUAUUCUACCGAAGAAGGUGAAUGCGCUGGACGUAAUUUAUCUGUGGGAGAACGGCCUGGGAGAUAUGCCCCCGCUGUGCCAGUGGUCUCCGGCUCAGAAAGCCAGCCAGAGGAGCAAGAUCUCGCGCUGGAAUAAGAUUGUGGAUAUUUUUAAAUACGAGUGCGGUAGCGACAUAAGAAAGUUUGAAGAAAAGUACCGAGAUGAGAAGGGAGAGCUGCUCCCAAUUACUAAUAUUUUGAACCUACACGACGCACAGGACAAAUCGUUGUGA